ACCGAAACUUCCUCGCCUUCUCUUCACCCCGAAAGACAUGAAUUUUUAGAUCUCCGCCACAAUCCCCACAUCGGCUCCGAUGGCGAGAAUAGGGGCGGCGGUGGUCGUGGUCGCGGUGGUGGUGGCGCUGGGAGCAGUGCCGCCGGCGUCGGCGGCGGCGGAGGAGGAGGAGGGGCAGAAGGCGCCGUGGAGGAUCCACACGCUGUUCUCGGUGGAAUGUCAGGACUACUUCGACUGGCAGACGGUGGGGCUGGUCCACAGCUUCCGCAAGGCUCGCCAGCCGGGCCCCAUCACCCGUCUCCUCAGCUGCACCGACGAGGAGCGCCGCCGGUACCGGGGGAUGGGCCUCGCCCCCACCUUCGAGGUCCCCUCCAUGAGCCGGCACCCCAAGACCGGCGAUUGGUACCCUGCUAUCAAUAAGCCAGCUGGGAUUGUGCAUUGGCUUAAACAUAGCAAAGAUUCAAAUAAUGUUGAUUGGGUUGUAAUCUUAGACGCAGAUAUGAUCAUUCGAGGUCCUAUAAUUCCUUGGGAACUCGGCGCAGAGAAAGGCAAACCAGUUGCAGCAUAUUAUGGAUAUUUAAGGGGAUGCAAUAAUAUUCUUGCAAAAUUGCACACAAAGCAUCCAGAAUUAUGCGACAAGGUUGGUGGGCUUUUUGUGAUGCAUAUUGAUGAUUUAAGGGCAUUAGCACCUAUGUGGCUUUCAAAGACAGAAGAAGUGCGAGAGGACCGGGCGCACUGGGGAACCAAUAUAACAGGUGACAUUUAUGGCCAGGGCUGGAUCAGUGAGAUGUAUGGAUAUUCCUUCGGUGCUGCAGAAGUAGGCCUUCACCACAAGAUAAAUGAUGAUUUGAUGAUAUAUCCAGGUUAUAUUCCAAGACCUGGUAUUGAGCCAAUUCUCAUGCACUAUGGCCUACCAUUUCAAGUUGGGACAUGGUCUUUCAGUAAGUUAGAGCAUCAUGAGGAUGGCAUUGUCUAUGAUUGCAACCAUUUUUUCCCUUCACCCCCUUAUCCUAGAGAGGUUGAGAUGAUGGAAUCUGAUCCAAACAAAAGGCGGGGCUUAUUUUUGAGCAUAGAAUGCAUUAACACUUUAAAUGAAGGUCUUCUGUUGCACCAUGCAUCAAUGGGGUGUCCCAAGCCACAGUGGUCAAAGUACUUAAGUUUUUUAAAAAGUAAGAGAUUUUCAGAGCUCACCAAGCCGAAGUUCCUAAAUCAACAUCAGAUGCACGAUGAGAAAACUGAGCAAAAACAAUUCUCGGAUGAAUCAGGAAGGGCACAUCCAAAAAUUCAUACCCUUUUCUCCACUGAAUGUUCACCUUAUUUUGAUUGGCAAACAGUAGGCCUUGUCCAUAGCUUUCAUUUGAGUGGCCAGCCUGGUAAUAUCACACGCCUUCUCAGUUGUACUGAUGAAGACUUGAAGCGAUAUAAGGGCCAUGACCUGGCUCCCACGCAUUAUGUUCCAUCUAUGAGCCAACAUCCACUGACAGGGGAUUGGUAUCCGGCUAUCAAUAAACCAGCAGCUGUUCUUCACUGGCUUAACCAUGUGGAGACCGAUGCAGAGUUCAUAGUUAUUUUAGAUGCUGAUAUGAUAAUGAGGGGUCCCAUUACACCUUGGGAGUAUGGUGCACAACGUGGGCAUCCUGUUUCGACUCCCUAUGAAUACCUUAUUGGAUGUGACAAUGAGCUUGCAAAUAUACAUACUCGCAAUCCCUCAGCUUGUGACAAGGUUGGUGGAGUCAUAAUAAUGCACGUAGAUGACCUGCGGAAGUUUGCUUUAUUGUGGCUGCACAAGACGGAGGAGGUUCGAGCUGACAAAGCUCAUUAUGCAACGAAUUUCACUGGUGACUUAUAUGCUUCUGGUUGGAUUAGUGAGAUGUAUGGUUACUCCUUUGGUGCUGCUGAGUUAAAUUUAAGGCAUAUUGUAAAGCGGGACAUAUUAAUAUAUCCAGGUUACGUCCCAGAACCUGGAGUCAAAUACAAGGUGUUCCAUUAUGGGCUGAGAUUUGAUGUUGGGAACUGGAGUUUCGACAAGGCUGUCUGGAGGGAUGCUGAUAUGGUAAACACAUGCUGGGCUAAGUUUCCUGAACCGCCUGAUCCUUCUACUCUCUCCAAGGAAGAUGAAAAUAUCCUUCAAAGGGAUCUCCUUAGUAUUGAAUGCGGAAAAACACUGAACAGGGCUCUCUAUCUGCACCAUAAGCGGAGGAACUGCCCUCCUUCAAAUGCUAUUAGUAAUUCAAAUCAAGUAGUAGAAGAUGAGGGCACAUCAUUUAGACAGAGACAUGAAGGGAACAAUGGCGGCAAGUCUUUAAGGAUUUGGAUGGUUGGACUUUGGGCUUUGUCAGUGUUGGCCUUCUUAGCUGUGAUCUCCAUGGUCCUUUCAACCCAUAAAGGGGAGGGUUCAAAGAGGGCCAGACACAAAAAAACUUAUGCUGGGGUUUCAGAUACCGGUGGAAAUUCUCUUAAGUUUCACGAUAAGCACAUCUAUGAUGUUGAAAUAGCUUCCGACGAUUGAAAUCUAGGAUAAUGAUCAUGUAACCUAUACAACACACGGUGGAGUGAAUGGCUGAAAGAUUAUCACAUGAAGAAGAGAGAAUGACUAUGUCAGUGAAACUGCGAGAUGUAUUAUAAUCAUUUUGAGGUCAAAGGAAGUUAAUCUCUUCAUCCCGAAAGAUUUGUUGCAGAAUGUUGUGCUCUAUAUGGAGAUUCGAUUUCAUUUAAUAUUUGGACAAUUUCCACUUUUUUCACGCAAUUUGGUCCUCAGCAGUUUUCUGAAGUUCUCAACAUUUAGUUUUGGUGAUUGCCUAUGAAUCAGCCAGUUUUGACUUUAUUUUUGUCUUUAGAUACAUGACUACAGGUUGUGCCUGCUUUGCACAUAUAUUUUCAAGGGUUGCAUUGUACUGUAGCAGGGAACGGAAGCAUAAAUAUACAAGGUGGUAUAUGUAUGACUGCAAAUUCGCAUCUCAUCCAUCCAUCUUAACCAAGAAAACUCGGUGCACUGUUGAUCUACUUCCAAUGUGUCUACAUUUUUUUCAGAAAGUUUUUUAUUAUGUGCGAUGUAAGCGCUGCAAAGACAAAACUGUUGCUGCUGUUGUAUUUUCUCAGUUUUUUUUUUCCUGCUUAAUGUAAAACAUGUACCACUGAGUCAUUUUAAGGUAUAUGAAUGUAAAAUAUGUAUCACUGUUGUUCUGCAUUGCUGCAUGUUUUGUUUAAAACAAAA